AUGGAAGGUGAUGAUCUCAAAACAGUGACUUUGUAGAUUUGGGACACAGCUGGUUAGGAAAGAUAUCAAAGUCUAGGAGUAGCAUUCUAUAGAGGAGCUGAAGCAUGCGUAUUAGUUUAUGAUAUCACUAAUCAGAGAAGUUUUGAAAAUCUAAAUAUUUGGAAGCAGGACUUCUUAGUCAAAGCUAAUCCAAAGAAUCCAGAUCAUUUUCCAUUUUUCGUAUUUGGAAACAAACUUGAUAAAGCAGAGGAAAGGAAGGUGCCUAUAUAAAGAGUUGAAGAGUGGUUAUAAAAGAAUAAUGAUAUUCCUUAUGAGGAGACCUCAGCAAUUGAAGGUGCAAAUGUAGAAAAAAUUACUGAAGGUAGCGGAGCGAAAAAGUUCGGAUUAACAGAGAAUAAAAAAACCUACAAGGGAAAAUAGGGCAGGUGUUGUUGA